AUGUCAAUUAAUAAAAAAUCACUUGACUGUGAAACUUUACUUUAUUUAGCCCGAGUCUCAGAGCAAGCCGGCCGCCAUGACGAGAUGGCAGAACUUCUUUAUGAAUUCACAAAAAAACUUGCAAGAGAACUAUCAGUAGAAGAACGAAGUAUGCUAUCAGUUGCAUAUAAAAAUGUAGUUUCUGCUCGGAGAUCAUCGUUUAGAGUCCUUCAAUCAAUUGAGUCGGUGGAAAAAGACUCUUCUCAUGCCCAUCAAAUGGAUAUAGCAGCAAUUUACCGAAAAAAAGUAGAAAAAGAAAUACAUGGAUAUUGCCGACAAAUAUUAGAAAUUCUCGACACAAAAUUAAUCCCAAAUUCUUCCUCUGGAGAAGCGCUUGUUUUUUAUUUUAAAAUGAAAGGUGACUAUCACAGAUACUUGUGCGAGUUUAUGACAGACGAACAAAAAGAAGAAAACUCUCAAAAAGCACUUAGAGCGUAUUUAGAAGCUGAUAGGCUUUCACAGAUUGAGCUAAUUUCGCUGAACCCAAUCCGACUUGGACUGAAACUGAAUUUCUCAGUCUUUUAUUAUGAAAUUUUGCAAAACAAAGAAGAGGCCUGCAAGCUUGCCAGCAGUGUUCUUGAAGAAGCAAAUGAGUAUAUUGUAGAUUUCAAUGAAGAGUCUUUUAAAGAUAGCGCUCUUAUAUUGGAAUAUAUAAGAGACAACUUGCAUCUCUGGAAUACUGAAUAA